AUGGGCUAUUGGCCAGAAUGGUAUGGAAUUCAAGUAGAAAAAUGUGUAUUUUUGGAGGCCGAAGAGGCUAAAACCAUGAUUGAUUCACACCAUGCUCAGAUAUCUCAUGCUAUCAAUCGCUAUGUAUAUUUGGGAUUUGAUAUUUCUGAAGGGCAGGACAUAGAAAAUGCUAUUCAAAAUAUUUGUGAUACUUCUCAAGUAAUGGGAAAAAUUCUUUGCCUAGUAAUUCGAAUUGGUUUGAGUAGCAAUGGCCUAUUACAAGAAAAAUUAGAGAAAUUAUGCAAAAAAGACAUUCAUAAACCCAACCCAGGGAUUUCUACUCAUACUACACCUUGUUCUGACUGGGAAAUACCUAUUCCAAAUGCUUUAU